AUGUCAACCUUUUCAUACAACGAAGAGGAAAGAGAGCGCAUUCUGUCUCAAGUAACAACAUCAAGGGAUUUCCUGCAGGUCCCGACAUCGGAUAUUAAAAGCAGAGAUCUUGAAAAAGAAUCCCGUCGUCUGAUUAACCAUCAACUCCACAGUGCCACGUUGGCAGAAUACAUCAAGGAACAACGCAUACCGAGGGGUUUGCGUAUGACCAUCCGACCAACUCUAUUCAAAGAUGACCCAACCUACUGCGACCAAUUCCAACAAAUUCUCAACCGCUGUUCCUUUGAUCUUAUGACCCUCACAGUUUCCUUUCUACAGACCAGUAUCCAGAAAAUGGAAGAACAGAUUAGAACAGCCGAGCAACAGCUACAAGCAACACUCCCCACAGCGGACUACAACAUCUUUAAAGAGAAACUCUCAAAUACGGCUGCCACCCAUAAACGCGACAUUGAGAGUAUGAAGCGGAAAAAAUUCCAAAGAGACGCCGAGGACUACCGCACCAACAGGGUAUAUAAAUGGCAAAAUAACUACCCUCGCCCUCCACUGGAACGACAAAGAGAUUACCUCUCUUCUUCAGACUCCUCAAUCUCUAGCCACGACAGCCGCUACAGAUCAGACAACCUUCCACCCAACCAUCCGGGACCCAGAAGAAACCGCAGCCGCAGAGGGAGACAAGAAACAGCUGGAGCAUAUACAGGAAGGACGACUAGAUCACAGAGCAGAUAUUGAACUUCAUCCAAGUUCACUAACAAGAG